UAUUUAUUCUCCUCUAUUAUUUCUAGUCUCUAGCCAGUCAUGCCAUACUAUGUUAUAUAGUACUCUGUGUCUUCCUUUUCUUUUAUUCUGAGAUGUUUUAUCAGUCUUUAGUUUGGUAGAUUGUAAAAUGUUUCCUGGUAUUUUUCCAGCCAACUCGAUAGGCCCAACACUGCUUACCUUCCAAGCCCAAAUAAGGUCAUCCACUGGUAUAUUUGGAGGAUAUUAAGGGAAGGCUGGAACAUGAGAUUUCACCAUUAUAAUUAUCUUAUUAACCUUCCAUUUAUCUAACAGGGUAUAUAAACUUAGAAAACUUAGAAAAUUUCUUAUUGAGAAAUGAACGAGAAAACACAGCAAACUAUUUAUGCUUUGAACGGAAUCAGAAACAUGAGCUUAACUAACUGUGGGUUACUUAGUGCUCUCCAGGUACUGUUGAAAUUCCAACUUUCCAGCCAGAAUGGACACCAGUGAAAGAUUUUGAGGACCAUAAGCAAGCACCAUCUGGAAUGUCACCAGAUGGAGAGUAUGUUUCUAUUUGUCUAGUGAACUGUACCGCAGCCUUCCGUCUCCCCUCCUCCUGUAAUUAUUACACUCUGAGAUUGGUUUAGUAAGGAUAUGUUUGGCCACAAGAUGGCGCUCACUCGCAAACCACGACGCCAGUUUCACCAGCGUUCAGAAACCACUCCCGAGAGGGCAUCCUUUCCCCUCUUCCUCUCCUGCCGUACUUCCAAUACUUGAGGACAUUUAUUCCAACCCGAUUAGACGACCGACUUCUAAUGGGGAGUCUUCAGGUGAUUUGCCUGCGCGGGGCUCUUCACCUUCCUCACCGUCCUUUAUCUGACAGCCGUAUAAGCAGGUGGAGUUCAUCUUUAAGGGGGGGGGGAGGACGCCUCUCGUUCUCCUCACUAAGCUUCAGGAUCGGCAGCAGGCGAGAGCCAGCCGGUCUGUCCUGAUCUGCCUUCGACAGGUCAGCCGCCUGUUGGUUCCAGCCUCCCGGAGGCUUUGAAACAACCGGAGCGGGGAAGAAAAAAGUCGGAUCCUUCAAGAUUAUCAAUGGCAUGAACAUUUCUCUUGCAUCUUUUGUUGGCCACCUGUGGUUUGUGUAAUGAGAAGAAAAACAUCGACUUCUUGAGAGAAGCUAUUGAAGUUUUAGUCUGUUGCUCAGUGUGAUCUCAGCUAGAAAAGAACCCAAUAUGAAUGCAUCACUUCUCUCCUUCACGGGAAAUAAUUCUAUUCAGAAUGUCUCCAAUGAGACUUCUGGACUCUUGCAUUUCCAGGACAUUGACUGUCACGUGCCUUUGGCAAUGGUAUUCACCUUGGCCUUGGCUUAUGGAAUUGUUAUCCUUCUUGGUAUUUCUGGAAAUCUGGCCUUAAUUAUUAUAAUCUUGAAGCAAAAGGAAAUGCACAAUGUGACCAACAUUCUCAUUGUCAAUCUGUCCUUUUCAGACCUCCUAAUAACUAUCAUGUGUCUUCCUUUCACAUUUGUAUAUACUCUAAUGGACCACUGGGUUUUUGGGGAAACCAUGUGCAAACUUAAUCCUUUUGUGCAGUGUGUCUCUGUCACAGUCUCUGUUUUUUCCUUGGUCCUCAUAGCUAUUGAACGCCAUCAGUUAAUUAUCAAUCCUCGGGGCUGGAGGCCUAAUAACAGACAUGCCUAUGUUGGAAUUGCCACCAUCUGGAUCCUAGCAAUAGCCUCAUCUUUGCCUUUCCUAGUAUACCAUGUUUUAACUGAUGAACCUUUCACUAAUAUAACCAUAGAGGACUACAAGGGAAAAUAUGUAUGCUUGGAUUCAUUUCCAUGGGAGUCAGCCAGACUGUCAUACACUACUAUUCUCUUGGUGAUACAAUAUUUCGGGCCUCUUUGUUUUAUAUUCAUUUGCUACUUAAAGAUCUAUAUUCGCUUAAAAAGAAGAUGCAACAUGGUGGACAAGAUGAGGGAUAAUAAAUACCGAUCCACUGAAACAAAAAGGAUCAAUAUUAUGCUGAUCUCAAUUGUGAUGGCAUUUGCCCUGUGCUGGCUGCCACUCACCAUCUUCAAUACAGUCUUUGACUGGAAUCAUGAAAUUCUCCCUGCAGCCUGCAGCCAUAAUUUGCUGUUUUUAAUCUGUCACCUUACAGCUAUGAUCUCAACCUGUGUGAAUCCCAUCUUCUAUGGAUUCCUCAACAAGAACUUUCAACGGGAUCUACAGAUUUUCUUUCGUUUCUGUGAUUUCCACACCAGAGUUGAUGACUAUGAAACAAUAGCUAUGUCUACAAUGCAUACAGAUAUCUCAAAGACUUCUUUGAAGCAAGCCAGUCCUAUCACUUUUAAAAAAUGUAAUGACCAUGCUAAUGAAAAAAAUAUAGCUGCUGUCAUGACUGAUAUGGUUUCAUGAACAAAACACCAGAUUUUAAAGAGAUUUAUUUUUCUUCCACCUACUCUGAAAUGUCACUUUCAUGUUCGUACUGUUGCUGUUGUUUUGAUUUUUUGUUGCCUGUUUGCUAUUUUUAAACGAAGAGUUCUUUCUAAUGUGAAUUAUAUUGACACUUUCGCUGCCUGAAAUUUUCAUCAUGAAAUUUCUUUUUUUUUCUAUUUGUGUUUGAUAUAUUUCUCUAUCAAUUUAGUACAUUAUUUAAAAGAGUAUUCAUUUUACUGGAAAUACACACACACACACACACACACACACACAUGAGAGCACAAUAUAUGCUAUUAAUAUUUUUCCCCAUUCAAUUGUGUCCAGUUAUUGGAGACUGCUUAGAGAGGUCCUUGCAGUUUUUAUAUAGAAUUUUACAAAAUCCAAGAGAAAAAGCUGUACAGUAUUCAAUAAAACCUAUUUAAAUUUUAUUUUCAUACUGAACUAGGUCAGUUUAAUCAUAUAUUCUAGGAGCAACAUAUCGAAAACAUUAAAAUUAGACUAUAGGAGAUGACCAGGCUGAGCCCAAGGGAGGUGUCAAAUGUGUCACCAGUCUCAAGUCCCUUCGCACCCAGAAGAGAUCUAACUCCAGCCCACCUUGAAUUCCAUUAACUCUUAUAUACCACCAAUUUGCUUUGACCGUUAGUAGUUCAGAUUCUUGUAGAGAACUUAAGCUUGCAAUAAACUUUUAUAUUCAUUUGAACUGCCUGGAUUUCCUGCUUUCUUGCACUUGACACAAAGAGAUGGAUAUGCAUUUCUUAUAGGUAUAAAUAAUUGAAAAAUAAAGCAUCUAUGGAAUUAAAUAAAAUAUAAAACCAAUUGUAGAAACAGCUUUGGCUAACGCAUUUUAAAGCUACUUUUUAGACACUUGUGAAGAAUCAC